CUUAACAGGACAAAAAGCAUUCUGUGUUUGCCACUCUGUUGCUCCAAUCUCUAGAGAGAGAAACCCACACAAGAGCCGUUACUCUCUCUCUCUCUCUCUCUCUCUCUCUGCAUUUCAACGGUACCUAAAGUCUUCGCAUACUUGUGAACAAUAAUAGUUACAAACAACUUGUACAGUAGCUUCACCUUCAUCAAUGGCUACUGGAUUCAUCUUUUCAGCUUCACUCUUCUUCCUCCUUCUUCUUAUAGAUUGUUGCUCUGGGAGUUUCAUUGGUAUCUGCUAUGGAAGAAAUGCUGAUGACCUCCCUACGCCCGACAAAGUAGCACAGUUGGUUCAACUUCAUAAAAUCAAAUAUGUCAGAAUUUAUGAUUCCAAUAUACAAGUCCUGAAGGCCUUUGCAAACACUGGAGUUGAACUUAUGAUUGGUGUUCCAAAUUCAGAUUUGCUCUCAUUGUCUCAAUUCCAAUCUAACGCCGACGCUUGGCUGAAAAAUAGUGUUCUUCCUUACUAUCCAGCCACAAAGAUCACAUACAUAACUGUUGGUGCUGAAGUCACAGAAAGUUCCUAUAAUACCUCUUCUUUGGUAGUUCCUGCAAUGAGCAAUGUACUUACGGCACUCAAGAAACUCGGGCUGCACAAAAAGAUAAAAGUUUCCAGUACUCAUUCCCUUGGUGUUCUGUCUCGUUCAUUCCCACCUUCAGCCGGGGCUUUCAAUAGCAGCCAUGCACAUUUCCUGAAGCCAAUGCUAGAAUUUCUUGCCGAAAAUCAAUCGCCUUUUAUGAUUGAUAUAUAUCCUUAUUAUGCUUACCGAGAUUCCUCGAAUAAAGUGUCUUUAGACUAUGCCCUUUUUCAUGCAUCCUCUGAAGUUAUUGAUCCAAACACUGGUUUGUUGUACACAAACAUGUUUGAUGCUCAGAUUGAUGCUAUUUACUUUGCGCUGAUGGCUCUAAAUUUUCGAACAAUUAAGGUCAUGGUAACCGAAACAGGUUGGCCUUCGAAAGGUUCACCUAAGGAGAAGGCUGCAACUCCUGAUAAUGCACAAACAUAUAAUACUAAUCUCAUUCGGCAUGUUAUCAAUAAUACCGGCACUCCUGCAAAGCCCGGGGAGGAGCUAGAUAUUUAUAUUUUCUCAUUGUUUAAUGAAAAUAGGAAGCCUGGUUUAGAAUCCGAGAGGAACUGGGGAUUAUUUUAUCCAGAUCAGACAAGUGUGUAUAAUCUAGAUUUCACCGGACGAGGUGCCAUUGAUAUGACUACAGCUGCAAACGUAACGCGGUCGAAUAAAACAUCAUGGUGCAUUGCUUCGACCAAAGCCUCUGAAAUCGAUUUGCAGAAUGCUUUGGAUUGGGCCUGUGGUCCUGGAAAUGUGGACUGUAGAGCUAUCCAGCCUAGCCAGCCUUGUUUUGAGCCAGAUAAUUUAGCUUCACAUGCAUCUUUUGCUUUUAAUAGCUAUUAUCAGCAAAAUGGGGCCUCUGAUGUUGCUUGUAGUUUUGGUGGUACAGGUGUAAAAGUUGACAAGGAUCCAAGCUAUGACAAAUGCAUCUAUAUGAGAGAUGGCAAUAAUAUAACUUUGGCAAAUAAUACCACCGCGUUGUCAUCAAAUUCAUCCUCACAGCAGAAAAGAAAUUAUUCUUCAAUUUCUAUGUAUCUUUUUGUAAUAAUUUAUCUCUUCAUUUUAUUGAAUAUUCAACAAUCAUGACAAGCGUGAUUGUUGGAAGUGUAGCAUGAUUUUGCUAUGUGUAGCGUGAUUGUAUGAGAAAAAUAUAUAACUGCAUUAGCUAGAGAAGUGAUAGGAAAAUUGUGUAUUUAAAUUUUGAGGUAUUUGUUAGUAUGAUCCAUCAUUUUAUUAUGUGUUUAUGAAAUUCCACAUAAGGUUGUUGUA